AUGGCUUUCGUUCCUGAUGAUCAACCGUCAAACUUGACCCAGAUCAUUUCUGCCCUCCAAGAAGUACAAAACAAUGCUGGACAUCUUGACCAUGAGCAUCAUCGAUACAGCGACUCCCCUCCGCCAUAUUCGCCAGGGGAGACCAUACAGAUAUACAUUCCCCAGCUUCCUGUCUCACGCGAAGUAAUCGAAUGGCAGCGUCAGGCAGACCUUGACAGCUCACGCCCACGUGAGCAGUUCCUCUCAGAGUGUGUAAGAGAGUGUAAGCUACUAGUGGACCAGAUUGAAAGGGACGAUGAAAGGCGCAAACUGACACUGCCGUUUGAUCGCCAAUUGGAUGUUGAUGAAAAUGCCAGGAACAACGUUAUGAAUCGUUGGGUGAAGCAAGGCAUCUGGAAGGAAGGGUGGAAUUGUUACAAUUUUGGUUCAAGGUGGCAACAUGAAGAAUCUCCUGAACCAGAGCCGGAAACCGAAUCUGAGUCGGAGCCGGAACCUCAGGCUACACCGGCAGCCUUUAGUUUUUUUGGCACACGGGCGCCGCCGGAAGCCCCUACUCUUUUUGAAGUACCUAGACCGAACAAACAAAAACGGUUCAAACCUAUCACUGAGCAGCAGCGAGCUGACCAUGACCGUGCAACUGCUGCAUCUCGCCCAUACCACAGGUUUCUUGCCCAAAUAGCUUUUGAACAGGAAUGGCUAAAGGAUGAGAUGACCAAUUUCGGCCACCACCUUGAAAGAGUGGCUUAUAAGAGAGCCAAGGAUAUUUGGAUUAAACAAAAGAUUUGGAACCCAAAUUGGGAUGAUAUGCCCGGGCCAAAAUGGAUGCAUGAAGAGCCAGAAGAGGAAGAUUCAGAUGAUGUAUCUUCAGAUGAACCAUCUUCCACCACCCCCGGUCAUUACCACGCUAAUAUUAUCGAUUUUGGGGCAGAGCAAAACCGCACAGAUGGAGGAACGCCUCCCCCGCCUUCUGUAGUGGCCAGAACUAGCGCACAGUCCUCCGACUCCACGCCCCAGGGAUGUGUUUCUAUUCUCCAAGCCCAAAACAAUCAUGACCAGGAAGCCGCUAACCCCUCCUUACCCGGACUGAAUACAGUAACGGACGAACGCAGACCUCAUGUAAGGUUUGAAAGCAGGAUACCUACGCGAUCAAAUAAUUCAACAUCAUUACGUUCACGGACAGGCGUUGAUUCGAACCACCGAGUUCUUCGAUCAAACCGUGUAUCCAAAGUUAGCAAGAGUACCAGACAGGGCCGUCAAAGCAUCCGCGCCCAAGCACGUGGGUCCACUACGAAUGGACUGGCUGACACCCUUGGGCAUGCGGAGAGCAGCUCCAAAAACGCUGAUCAGCCUCAUAAUACUCCAUAUCACCCUCCCUCGUCACAGUAUCAAGACAACUCAAAAUCAAAUACAAGCCCAUCUGUACGCCGAAGUGCAAGAAUAAAAGAGCGGGUAGGAACAAGUAAAUGUACAAGAUAUGAUGCUGCUCCUACUACCCUUCGAAGAAGCCCUCGCAACACUAAGCCACAGCCAAAUACUCGGAGUAGACGGGAGACCAAUCAAAUAGCUACACAAACGCGAGCACCACGAGUCACAAAGAACCGUUCCAGAAAGAAGACGGGAAAACCUGGUUUAAUUCUGGCUGAGCCCAAAUCCCGUCAGAAACCCAAGACGAGAUAA